AUGGCCUGGGGACUGCCCAGCACUGCCAGCCUGGCGCACUUCUGCCAGAAGCUGCACCGGCGGAAGCCAGUGAAGGAGUCCCCCAGGGAGACACUGCCGCAGCGCCAUCUGACCACGCUGGACCUGACUUUGCUGGGUGUGGGUGGCAUGGUGGGCUUGGGCCUGUAUGUGCUCACAGGCACCGUGGCCAAGGGGAUGGCCGGCCCUGCAGUGCUUGUGUCCUUUGGCGUGGCUGCUGUGGCCUCCCUGCUGGCAGCCCUGUGCUACGCGGAGCUCGGGGCACAAGUGCCCUACACAGGCUUUGCCUACCUGUUCACUUACACGUCUGUGGGUGAGAUUUGGGCCUUCCUUGUCGGCUGGAACGUGCUCCUCCAGUGUCUCUUUGUUUGCACUGCUCUGGUCCGUGCCUGUAGUGGCUACCUAGACACCGUUUUUGGACACCGCAUCCGCAGCUUCACUGAGGCCCAUGUGGGCAUCUGGCAGGUGCCCUUCCUGGCCCAGUACCCAGACUUCCUGGCUGCUGGCCUCAUACUUUUGGCUUCUGCAUUUAGCUUCUGUGUAACCAGUGUCUCUUCCUGGGUCAACCGCACAUUCCUUGCCAUCAGCGUGGUUGUCAUCCUCUUCAUCAUCGUCCUAGGGUUUGUCCUGGCCCGCCCGCACAACUGGAGCAUUGAGGAGGGCGGCUUUGCGCCCUUCGGUUUCUCCGGUGUCAUGGCUGGCGCCGCCACCUGCUUCUACACCUUCCUGGGCUUUGACAAUAUUGUUGCCUAUAGUGCGGAGGCCCAGAACCCAAAGCGAGCUGUGCCUAUGGCCAUCGCCAUCUCAGUUACCCUGGUAGCUGGUACCUACAUCCUCGUUUCCACAGUCCUCACCCUCCUGGUGCCCUGGCACAGCCUGGACCCUGACUGGGCCCUUGUUGAUGCCUUCCACCAGCGGGGCUAUAGCUGGGCGGCCUUCAUCGUGGCAGCUGGUGCAAUCUGCGACAUGACCAGUGUGCUGCUCAGGUACUUCUUUUACCUGCCAUACAUCACCUAUGCCAUGGCUGCCGACGGGCUCUUCUUCCAAGUGUUUGCCCGCAUGCACCACUGGAUGCAGGUGUCCGUGUUCGGGGUGCUCAUGGCUUUCAUGGCGCUGCUGCUGGACCUCGAUGCACUCGUCCAGUUCCUGUCCAUUGGUGCACUACUGCCCUAUACAUGCUUGCCCACCUGCAUUAUCAUUCUACGCUUCCGAAAGUCCCCUCCAUCCAGUUCUCAGGGCCCAGACAGCCCUGAGGGCACAGAGGAGGCCUCAGCCCCUGAGCCUGGGCAGCUGCGACCAGCCCUGAGGCCCUACCUCGGCUUCCUGGGUGAGUGCAGGCCUGGAGCCGCUGUGGCUUGGGCCCUCAGUGUCCUGGUGGCCUCGGCCGUCACUCUGGACUAUGUGUUGGUCUUCGGGGACUCGGCCCUGCAUCUCCCACCCUGGGGCUACACCCUGCUGCUCCUGCUCAGCUCUGCCACGUUUCUGCUCAGUCUCCUCGUCCUUGGGGCCCACCAGCAACAGCACCGGCAGGACAUCUUUCAGGUUCCCAUGGUGCCCCUGACUCCCGCCCUGAGCAUCCUCCUCAACAUCUUCCUCAUGCUGCACCUGAGCUACCUGACCUGGCUGUACUUGUCCAUCUGGCUGCUGAUUGGACUUGUGGUGUAUUUUGGUUAUGGCAUCUGGCACAGCAAGGAGAACCUGGGUGCGGCAAAUCUGACUAUCCCACUUGGCAGCCUGGAGGAGAUGGUGCAGGCCCUGCAGCCCCGCCAGGCACCAGCCCUGGAGCCCAGACACACUGAGCAGCCUGCCAGUCUAUGA